CCAAUAUCGCAGACCAUCGGUUCUCUCCUCUAUGACGAUCUUCUCCCAUCUUCACCCUGCUUCUCGGAUGUCUUCUUUUGUCGUCUGUAAUCUCAUACCACCACAGUCAACCGUCCCAUUUCUCUAUAGUGAGUGUCCAUUUGUCCGAUAAAGCCUUAUUCGACAAUUGUUAGGGCUACGAUGGCUGAAUGAGCUUCAAAGGAUCUCAGACCUAACUGUUCCUUUCAUCGUUUCGAUUUCAUCAUGUGAUCACUAUAGAUCUGCUUGGUCCAGCAGUGUGCUGGGUAGGAACCUGUAGUCCUGUUUGGAGAUAAAUUCUUCAGAUAGAGACUUAAUCAUGCAUGCUUUUAAGAGAUGCUUUCUAGAUUAUGUACUCCUGUAGUAAAAAAGGCAUAGUUGAUCAAUAAGCAUUGGUUGGUAGCAAGUCGAUAUGCAUGCCUUUAAUCAAAGCAUUGGUCUAUUCUAGAAGAAUUGAAUAUAUUUUUGAGUUAAAAUUUCAUUCUUUAUAAAAUGUAAACUCAGAGGAUCUUGAAUAAGGUGCCCAAAUGUGUAGUAUUCAGAAGUGAAAUGUAAUACAUUAUCAAUUAGUUAAGAUUAGGGACUGCAAGGUUCUAUUAUUGCUGCCGAACUCUCAGGUAUGAUCUUCAUCCUCCCCUUAACUUCCAAGUCUUACCUUUUGCUUUUAAAUACAAUUAAAAGCAGGUUAUUUUUCAAAUAAACUGCCAAGUAUAUAAUGUUUGAAAAAAAUGUUCUUAUUUUUUGUAAUAAGAAAUCAAAUUGUUAACUAUACAUUAUUCUAUUUUUAGAAACAUGCCCUAUCUUCUUCACUCAAAACUUUUACUUUUGAAAAUCUGGGUAUGUGAAAUUAUAUACCAAACUGCUCUUAGUUUUACCUUUGAUAUUUACCUUUCGUUGUUAACAUUGAAUCUAUGAGUUUGAGAAACACUUAAAAAGACUAAUUUAGCUAAACAUUUAGAUGAACAUUACUAAAAACACACAUAUUAUUAAGUUUUUCAUGAGUUUAAGGCAUAUUGCAUACCCCUUCAUCAUGGUUAUCAACUUCCAUAUUCUCAACAGGCCUGCCCAUUUUGGUUAUUGCUAAUCACAUUUGCAUAAUUUUUGAAAAAAGUUUGAAGCAGUAUACCUCUUCAUUGUUGAAAAUUACUUCUUGUGCAUCCCACUCCUGAUAUGCAGUCAAACUUCAAAUGACAUGCUUGUUGCUCUGGAUGUGUGAUUGGGUUGGACUUAUUUAUACUAAAAAUUUGAACUGCUCAAUGGUCAAUAAUGUUCAGUCUUUUAAUUUGAUUAGACAGCCCACAGUGCCCAAUGAAGUAGCUUAGUUUUGUUAUACACCACUUAUUUAAUGGGGACAACUUGCAUAUCUCAGUUCAAAAAAAUCUUGCGUUGUUGUUUAGCAUUUAUUAUCAGUGUACUUUUUAGAUAUAUUUUAAUAUGUUGUGUGGCUCAAGGAGAUAUGAGAGUACAAAUCAUUAAAUGCCAAAUCUUUUGAGAUCACUUAAUCUGCGAACUGAGUUCACAAAUCAAAUCCAAAUUACAUUUCGUUUUUCAAAUUUGCUACUGUUUUUGUCUUUAUGACUAUAAAGUUUUGAAAAGACACAUCGCUACAACAAUUAAUGCAUCCGUUGCCAUCACCUUGCAGGCUAUUAAAGUGAAUAAAACUGUUGACCACAAUUAAUGCAUUAUUCCACUCAAUACUUGACCCUAGUUGAUGGACCCUUUUUGACACGAACUCAGCUAUUUGACCCGCUACAUUUGGGCGGGAAUUCAUGCUGCUUUUCCACAGCAGUUUGUAUAUAGAAAGAUUGUGGACUCCAACUAUAAUGAUGGAUGUUUAACUAACUUUUACUGGUAAUUAGAAAACUGUGAGAAUUUAUCAAUUUGUAUUUAGUUAACCAUCGUGUGAUCAUUUUUACAUAAACUUUUCAUGGUCAAAAAAAAUAAACUACCAAAGUAUUAAUACAUUGAGGUUUCAUUGGUAAAAAAAAAUCAAUUUUUCCAGAAUCAUGUUGUUAAUUUGACAUCACUAUUUUGAUUGUUAGACUAAUUUAGGUUUGAAUCUGAUAUUUUAGGUAUUUUAGUUUCAAAUUCUUAAAUUAAUUUGCUAUUACAUCUCACAUCUAAUUCUUGGGUUAAUUUGGUAUAAAUAAUUUGAAUGAAAAAAAGUUUUUUGUUCUUUCAAAGGUUUAAUAUAUUUCUAUAAAAAAUAUACAAAAUAAACUUUUUUGAAAAAGUCUUACUUAUUUUAAAAGUAAGAGAAGUGUUGAGUUUCCCAUAAUUCUUUAUUUUUGUUUUGGGGUCAUGAUGUUGUUAGGUUGUUAGAGAUGUGGGCCAUUCGGCCUAUGAACUAAAAUGGUUGGCUGUCAUUCGACUCCAAAAUGAAAUUAGAAGCUGCAAAACAUUCUGAUAUGUGUAUAUCUGCUAUUAGUGCACUUCAUAAACGUGGUGGUCCACUCCUGAGGACAUCAAGAGGGGGCUAUGUGGCAUAAAAAAAGUUGCCAACAUUCAAGACUGAGGCAUAAAUCAGGUCUAGAGUUCUAGACACUCCGGCUUCCUCAGCAACGAACGGCGAGAUCUAUUGACUCCAGCUCCCAUUAAUUCUUUGUUCAAACUAGAGACAUAAAGACAUGCUAGGGUUUUCAUAUGGAGAGUUGUUUUUAUUGCUUGGAGCUACUGCGGCUUUAAUUGGACCUAAGGACCUUCCAGUCAUAGCAAGAACUGCUGGGAGGUUAUCUGGCCGUGCUAUUGGCUAUGUUCAAAUGGCCCGUGGUCAAUUUGAGAGUGUCAUGCAGCAAACUCAAGCUCGACAGGUCCACAAAGAGCUACAAGAUACAAUUGCUCAAUUAGAAGCCAUACGACAUGAAAUCCGAACCAUUUCUUUUGUGAAUCCGGGUCCAUUAACCACAAGGCUAGUUGAUAACAUAAAAAACCACCCACCCACUGCUGGUGCUGGUACAUCGAUGGAAAAUGGACCUGAAAAGUCUGAAAGUAAGGGCACAACUAUCAGUAAUACACCCAAGGAUUGUAACUUUAAGCCCUCAACCUCUUCUGAUAUGAACAGUCAAGCAACAGCAUAUGCAAAACUUGCUGAAAUCACAUUAUCAAAACCCAAGUAUGAAAACUGCGAAGCUCUGAAUGAGGUUCCUGAUAAGUCUGGUAAUCUUGUGCUUCCAGUCUCUGCUAAAAGUGCAGGUCUAUUGCCUGAUCAUACAGCUGAAGCAAAGGGAUCUGACAUUGUGCUAGAAGCUAUUAUAGAGGCAGAUGUGGCACAAAAUGCAAAGAAGUUUUUCUCACAGCCCCAAAAUCAAAUGAAAUGAAAUAGAGAUACUUGAGGCUAUGAUGAUGAAAUUCCCCCUUUUCUGACCCAGUUCAACGAACAUGGAUCUUUAAAUCUGAGCCUUGAACAACGAACAUGGAUCUGACAGGUAGCUUUGUAGAUAAAACAUGACAACAUGCAUCUUUAAAUCUGAGCCUUGAACAACUACUAGAUUCUCGCCCGUGCGAUGCACAGAAGAAAAUUGAUCAAUGUGUGAUUUAGAUGUCUAUUAAAAAAUGUAGAGAUAAUUGAACUUAGAAUAAAGUGGUAAGUAACAUAAUAAGUGUUCAUAGUUAAAGAGAGUUUAAAACAUUGUCGAAGAAGAUAAAAUGUAAAUAUAAUUAAAGAGAUACUAACAUCUGAAAGUACAAAGUGAUAAGUAAAAUAGCAAGUGUUUACGGUGAAAAUACAAAUUCUGAAAGACUUCUUUGUAAACAACAUAAGUAGUAUGAUCAAUAUGAUCAACUAUUUGUCUUGUCUACUAAAAUAUUAGAGACUCCUGCCUUUGCAAUCCAUCUUGUACAUUUAGAAGAACUGGAACCGAUUUCAACCAGUUGAGAAGGAUGGUCGUCCCUACAAUCAAUGUUUUCUGCAGAAUUAAAGCAAAGAAAGAGAAAUUCAUUUAAUUCAAUCAAUUUUAAUUUAAAAAAAUUAUUUACUCCCUCAGUCCCAAAUUGUAUGAUGCAUUUACUAUUCACUUGGUCAACACAAAUCACUUUUAAUAUUUUAUUUUAUAUAUCAAAAGUUUAUGAAAUUUGAAUUAUUUUUUGCAGGUUUUGUAGCAGUUUUAAUGUAGUUUCUGAAUAUGUAAAUUUUAUUUUCUAAAAAUAAUUUGAGUGUUGACAGGGAUCAAUUUGCUUUAUCGUCAGUCAAACAUCGUAAAAUGUAAUGUAUCUUACAAAUUGGGACGGAGGGAGUAUUUACAUAAUAUAUAGAUAUAAAUUCAAAUUUAAUACACAUAUAAAAUUAGAUAAAUUCAAUGCCCCAAUAAAAGAAAGUGAACCACAUUAAUAAAUGUGUUACAUUGGUAAUUACAAACAAUAAAAUAUUUUUAAAAAUUUAAUAAUUAACAAUUAUUAAGAAAUAUUUAUUAAUUUUAUUAAAAUAAUAUUUUUAACAGCCUAAGAUUUAGGACCAUCUAUAUUACCCAGCCCAAUCCCGGACCUGAUUUUAAAAAUAGCUGUUGGCCCAAUUAGACAACACCCAGCCCAAUACUAUGAAUUUACUCCUGCCCAACAACCUAAACCUAAACCGCAUAUUUAUACAACCGAAACGGCAUAUUCAUUUACCCUGCGGCCAAUAUCGCAGACCAUCGGUUCUCUCCUCUAUGACGAUCUUCUCCCAUCUUCACCCUGCUUCUCGGAUGUCUUCUUUUGUCGUCUGUAAUCUCAUACCACCACAGUCAACCGUCCCAUUUCUCUAUAGUGAGUGUCCAUUUGUCCGAUAAAGCCUUAUUCGACAAUUGUUAGGGCUACGAUGGCUGAAUGAGCUUCAAAGGAUCUCAGACCUAACUGUUCCUUUCAUCGUUUCGAUUUCAUCAUGUGAUCACUAUAGAUCUGCUUGGUCCAGCAGUGUGCUGGGUAGGAACCUGUAGUCCUGUUUGGAGAUAAAUUCUUCAGAUAGAGACUUAAUCAUGCAUGCUUUUAAGAGAUGCUUUCUAGAUUAUGUACUCCUGUAGUAAAAAAGGCAUAGUUGAUCAAUAAGCAUUGGUUGGUAGCAAGUCGAUAUGCAUGCCUUUAAUCAAAGCAUUGGUCUAUUCUAGAAGAAUUGAAUAUAUUUUUGAGUUAAAAUUUCAUUCUUUAUAAAAUGUAAACUCAGAGGAUCUUGAAUAAGGUGCCCAAAUGUGUAGUAUUCAGAAGUGAAAUGUAAUACAUUAUCAAUUAGUUAAGAUUAGGGACUGCAAGGUUCUAUUAUUGCUGCCGAACUCUCAGGUAUGAUCUUCAUCCUCCCCUUAACUUCCAAGUCUUACCUUUUGCUUUUAAAUACAAUUAAAAGCAGGUUAUUUUUCAAAUAAACUGCCAAGUAUAUAAUGUUUGAAAAAAAUGUUCUUAUUUUUUGUAAUAAGAAAUCAAAUUGUUAACUAUACAUUAUUCUAUUUUUAGAAACAUGCCCUAUCUUCUUCACUCAAAACUUUUACUUUUGAAAAUCUGGGUAUGUGAAAUUAUAUACCAAACUGCUCUUAGUUUUACCUUUGAUAUUUACCUUUCGUUGUUAACAUUGAAUCUAUGAGUUUGAGAAACACUUAAAAAGACUAAUUUAGCUAAACAUUUAGAUGAACAUUACUAAAAACACACAUAUUAUUAAGUUUUUCAUGAGUUUAAGGCAUAUUGCAUACCCCUUCAUCAUGGUUAUCAACUUCCAUAUUCUCAACAGGCCUGCCCAUUUUGGUUAUUGCUAAUCACAUUUGCAUAAUUUUUGAAAAAAGUUUGAAGCAGUAUACCUCUUCAUUGUUGAAAAUUACUUCUUGUGCAUCCCACUCCUGAUAUGCAGUCAAACUUCAAAUGACAUGCUUGUUGCUCUGGAUGUGUGAUUGGGUUGGACUUAUUUAUACUAAAAAUUUGAACUGCUCAAUGGUCAAUAAUGUUCAGUCUUUUAAUUUGAUUAGACAGCCCACAGUGCCCAAUGAAGUAGCUUAGUUUUGUUAUACACCACUUAUUUAAUGGGGACAACUUGCAUAUCUCAGUUCAAAAAAAUCUUGCGUUGUUGUUUAGCAUUUAUUAUCAGUGUACUUUUUAGAUAUAUUUUAAUAUGUUGUGUGGCUCAAGGAGAUAUGAGAGUACAAAUCAUUAAAUGCCAAAUCUUUUGAGAUCACUUAAUCUGCGAACUGAGUUCACAAAUCAAAUCCAAAUUACAUUUCGUUUUUCAAAUUUGCUACUGUUUUUGUCUUUAUGACUAUAAAGUUUUGAAAAGACACAUCGCUACAACAAUUAAUGCAUCCGUUGCCAUCACCUUGCAGGCUAUUAAAGUGAAUAAAACUGUUGACCACAAUUAAUGCAUUAUUCCACUCAAUACUUGACCCUAGUUGAUGGACCCUUUUUGACACGAACUCAGCUAUUUGACCCGCUACAUUUGGGCGGGAAUUCAUGCUGCUUUUCCACAGCAGUUUGUAUAUAGAAAGAUUGUGGACUCCAACUAUAAUGAUGGAUGUUUAACUAACUUUUACUGGUUGUUAGAGAUGUGGGCCAUUCGGCCUAUGAACUAAAAUGGUUGGCUGUCAUUCGACUCCAAAAUGAAAUUAGAAGCUGCAAAACAUUCUGAUAUGUGUAUAUCUGCUAUUAGUGCACUUCAUAAACGUGGUGGUCCACUCCUGAGGACAUCAAGAGGGGGCUAUGUGGCAUAAAAAAAGUUGCCAACAUUCAAGACUGAGGCAUAAAUCAGGUCUAGAGUUCUAGACACUCCGGCUUCCUCAGCAACGAACGGCGAGAUCUAUUGACUCCAGCUCCCAUUAAUUCUUUGUUCAAACUAGAGACAUAAAGACAUGCUAGGGUUUUCAUAUGGAGAGUUGUUUUUAUUGCUUGGAGCUACUGCGGCUUUAAUUGGACCUAAGGACCUUCCAGUCAUAGCAAGAACUGCUGGGAGGUUAUCUGGCCGUGCUAUUGGCUAUGUUCAAAUGGCCCGUGGUCAAUUUGAGAGUGUCAUGCAGCAAACUCAAGCUCGACAGGUCCACAAAGAGCUACAAGAUACAAUUGCUCAAUUAGAAGCCAUACGACAUGAAAUCCGAACCAUUUCUUUUGUGAAUCCGGGUCCAUUAACCACAAGGCUAGUUGAUAACAUAAAAAACCACCCACCCACUGCUGGUGCUGGUACAUCGAUGGAAAAUGGACCUGAAAAGUCUGAAAGUAAGGGCACAACUAUCAGUAAUACACCCAAGGAUUGUAACUUUAAGCCCUCAACCUCUUCUGAUAUGAACAGUCAAGCAACAGCAUAUGCAAAACUUGCUGAAAUCACAUUAUCAAAACCCAAGUAUGAAAACUGCGAAGCUCUGAAUGAGGUUCCUGAUAAGUCUGGUAAUCUUGUGCUUCCAGUCUCUGCUAAAAGUGCAGGUCUAUUGCCUGAUCAUACAGCUGAAGCAAAGGGAUCUGACAUUGUGCUAGAAGCUAUUAUAGAGGCAGAUGUGGCACAAAAUGCAAAGAAGUUUUUCUCACAGCCCCAAAAUCAAAUGAAAUGAAAUAGAGGUACCUGGUUAUUCAAUAUAAUAGUGUAGCUACUCAGAUUAACCGUUUGGUUGUGUGACAUCUAUCACAUCUGCUGGCUUGGGAAGUGUAUUGAUUUACAAAACCAGGUCAUUCCACCCCAGAUUACCUCCUAGGAGUUCUUACUGUGAUUAGAAUGUCCUUUGGUCCUAACAUAUCAAAAUCCUAGCUCAGCAUACAGAAUUCAAUGCAUGAAGUAUGUAAAACAACUCGGUUAACAACCUCAAUUGAUAUGUAGCCGUUAAGAUUUGCAAACAAGAAUAUCAGAGUGAAGUUAAAUUCAGGGUUAAUCGAAGACACAGAUUCACCGUCUCUACAGAUUCCCAUUAAAGUUGAAGUAACUCUGGGGAAUGGAAUGAACUCUGCAUAUGAAAAGAGUUUUUAAACAGUGAGAUAAUGCAAUGUUUUGAGGAGCCCUAAAAAAACUGUAGGUGGAUGAUGAAGACCAGAUGCCUAGGUGUAGCUUCUCAGCAGGGUCUAGUAGUAGGUAGGCAGGGAUCUUAUAACUGACAGUUAUUUACUCAUUCUCACAUGUAUUCUUUUUUUUUUUUUCUGAUUUAUUUCUAUCUUCUUAAUGAAUGGAAAGAGUAUUUUUUUUUAGAGAAAUCAUUAUAUUUCUCCAAUACAGUCAUAUUAUAUUGUGAAAAACUGUAAGCGAUGCUAUAAACAUGACCCGGAAGGGCCGGAAAGCACCCAUUAUUUUUUUUUUCUUUUCCAUAUCAAUGUACAAUCAAUACAAAUGCA